CCUCACUCUGUCACUUCCUCUUCAACAGUUUGCGCAGCUUUUCAGUUCAGUUGUCAAUAUUUUUCUCUUAUCUCUCCAUGACCCAGACGCUGCUGUCUCAGGCCAGACUCCUUCCAUCCAGGUGUCUAUUUGUUUCAUUUUCCUCUCUUCACGUCUGCGUUCAUCUCCUCAUCUUUAUAUUUCCAGUGAACCAAAUACUGAUUAUGGGCUUGUAAGGAACUGAAAAUGUAUUAGAAGUUAUAUCUUGAGACAAAACCUGCUACCUCCUUUGUCACCUUUACUCCCGUCUUCCCAGCUUCAAUAUAGGAAUGACACUGAUGUCAGGCCUGUGAAUGCAUGCAUGUGUCACUCAACAUGACAUCAGCUAAUGUCUCUAAAUCUUCAUCACAGGCACGUGAGUCAUCGGGUGCAUUCCCUGCCAUGGCUAAUGAGAUUCCUUUCAUUAAAUCCCCUAAAUGGUAAUCUGUAUGGGCGAGUUGGAGGGGUGGUGAAGAGUGGAGCGAGUCUGGCAGAGGAAAAGAAGUUUCAGAGGCUGAAACGUGGAACAACAAACAGUAAUUGUUUUUCCUGUGAGGGCCGAGGAGAGCAGGCACAGUAUCUGGUGGAGAGUCUUUUGUUGCUUCUUCUUGUUUUCUCCAGUUUGUUCUAAAGCUUUAGGGGAUUGUCUGGUAGCGGUGGAGGCCAUCUGGCUGGAGCUUUAUCAGGAUUUUAUGCUGUGAGCCUUUGGCCAACUGUGGCCACCUGCAUGGGUCUCAACCUGAGUUAUAGCCGCCACAGGAAGUGAAACUGUGUGUGUCCAGAGUCCGUCCUGUCAGAGCAACACAACAUGAGUGAAGGAGAAAACCGUAAUACAUUCACUCAUCAUCUGUUGAAGAAUUAGGGGUGUGGUCGGUACCUCCCGUCCAUGAGAGCAUCAUGGAGUCUGUGGUGAGAGUGAAAAAGUCCCUGAGGAGGCCCAUCAGGAAGCUGACCAGCUGUGUGUCAGGGGUGAAGGAGCGGAGGCUGUGUGCCAAAUCCAGGAACAGGAGGGGCCGAGGCGGGGGAGGCAGAGGAGGAUCCAAGAGGUUGGGGAAGACCCCUCCUCCCCGACAUGCACAUCCCAAAGACCCAUCAGUCAUCCGCUCAUACCAGGCGGACCUGGAGAAGGAGAGGCAACAGCGGGAAGCGAUGAACGCUCAGAAGAACGCAGAGAGAGCAGCUAUGAGAGCUCAUUUCAGGAGAAAAUACCAGCUGUCUGAGAACCCGAAGGACAUAAACCACCUGAGGUCCGUUGGAGGGAAAGUGUCGCUCCCCCGCGAACUCUCGAAGAUCAUUCAUCCUGACACCAAAACCAAGGACGACAGCUUUAACCUGCUGAGCGCCUUUCAAGGCCUCAGCUUCGGCACAGCGGUGCUCACAGGGAGGAAACACAGCAGGACGCCAACACCUACACCAGCAAGUGGGGACUCUUGUAAAGUCAUGUGAUCAGUAUGUGAUCACAGGGGAUGAUCAGUACGCCGCCCUCUGAUUGUGAUAGUUGUUAAAAAUUUGGGGAGACAGCAGGGGGGGAAUAUACUGGCGGGACUUAAAGUAGUGAAGUUAUAUUUUUUCUAUUUCUGAUGAUGUAAUAACUCACAGAGUGUUUUACCCUCAUCAGGUAUUACAUUAUGGGCCAAUAUAUAUCACGUCAUACAGUUGAUGGUCAUAUAGUUGAUAGUAACAUUGAUAAUGGGGUUUUUAUAUGAUCUUUUAGAAGGAUUGAGAAUAUAAUUUUAUGACAUUUUAGUAAAUCAUUAUAUCAUAAUGUUAUGUUUUACAUGAUCAGUUAUUACAAGCUAAACAGUGAAAAUCUACUCAUAGUGAUUGGUGGUGGUUGUAAUAAUAGAGCAGUAGAGCUACUGUAGUUACUGUAGUUUCUACUUACAGGGCUGUUGCAGCUCUUUAAAUGAUUAUAGAUCCAACUGCGUGAUCUAUACACAAGUAAGGAACCUCAGGGCAUUCUCACUUAAACACACAUUCACACAAGUAAUGAACUUCAAUAUACUUGUUUUGUAUUCAUAUUUUGAUGAUAUUGUUUUGCUGUUUUCUUUGUAAAUACUCUCAGACCUGUGUUACUUCUACAGCUUGUGUGUGAGCCAAAUCAUACCUGUAACACGUAUGAGCCAAAUUUUAAAUGACUAGUUUCUUGUAAAUUGCCGCUUUGUUUGCAUUGAUCUGUUUUUCUAAAUAGUCUCAUGCUGCCUAGUCAAAGGAUUUUAUACAACAUGAAGCAGGAAACAAAAACUCACCAGAACCUAAAAACCAACAAGUAGAUACUUAAAAAUCUUUUGGUUUUUAGACUGAAACUUGUAUUAAAGACUUGUU